UACACUUUUUUCUCACGUUAAUACAUUUUUCACUACCCCCUUUGUUCCUCAAGCUUGUGUUAUUCUUCUUCUUCCCCAACGUUAGAGAGAGAGAGAACAAAAUUAUAGAGAAUAAUAACGAUUACUAUUUCUUUUUCUGAUCCAAACUUUAAAACUGUUUUUUUCUUCUUCAACCAGUGGUUAGAUCUGUUGAAUUUUUCCUCAGAAAAUCUGAGGAAAUAAAGACCUAAUGAAGCGAUUACGGGAUGAUGUUUAUGCUAAUCCUCAAUUCAAGCGCCCAUUUGGUUCUUCUCGUGGAGAAUCAUACGGCCAAUCACAGGUUCCUGGAAGUGGCGCUGGCGGCGGAGGCAAUAGUGUUGGCGGUACUGGAGGGGGUGUUGGUGCCAGUGCUAGCACCCAAAAGUUGACAACUAAUGAUGCAUUGUCUUAUUUGAAGGAAGUUAAGGACAUGUUUCAAGACCAAAGGGAGAAGUAUGACUUGUUCCUUGAUGUUAUGAAAGACUUUAAGGCUCAAAGAAUUGACACUUCCGGUGUCAUAGCAAGAGUAAAAGAUUUGUUUAAAGGGCAUCCAAAUUUGAUCCUUGGGUUCAAUACUUUCUUGCCCAAGGGCUAUGAAAUAACCCUCACUGAAGAAGAGGAGGCUCCUCCAAAGAAAACAGUUGAGUUUGAAGAAGCUAUCAGCUUUGUGAACAAAAUAAAGAAACGUUUCCAAAAUGAUGAUCACGUGUACAAGUCUUUCUUAGACAUUUUGAACAUGUAUAGGAAGGAACACAAGGGCAUUACUGAGGUGUACCAGGAGGUUGCAGCACUUUUUGAAGACCAUCCUGAUUUGCUGGAUGAGUUCACGAGAUUCUUGCCAGAUUCUUCAGCUACUGCAUCAGCAACACAGACUUCAUUGGGCCGACCUUCUUUCCAUCGUUAUGAUGAGAGGAGCUCUGCUACAUUGCUUCGGCAACCACACACGGACAAGCAACGUUUCCGCCGGGAUAGGAUUAUCAGUCCUCAUGCAGAACGUGAUCCUAGUGCUGAACGCCCUGAGAUGGACGAUGAUAAAUCAAUGAUAAAGUUGCAUAAAGAGCAAAAGAGGCGUGCUGAAAAAGAGAACAGGGACCGCAGAAGUCGCGAUCAGGAUUAUAGAGAACCUGAUAAUGAGAAUAAUGGAGAUAUAAGCAUGCUCCGCAUUGCUGAUAAAAGAAAAUCUGCUCGGAAGGUUGAAGAGUUCGGAGGCACUUACGAUGAUAAAGAUGGCGUGAAAAAUAUGUAUAGCCAAGAGUUCACUUUCUGUGAAAGAGUAAAGGAGAGACUACGCAGUCCAACUGAUUACCAGGCAUUCCUAAAGUGCCUCCAUAUUUAUAGUACAGAAAUAAUUAGCAGAAAGGAGUUACAAAGUUUGGUUGCUGAUUUACUUGGAAAGCAUCCUGAUCUUAUGGAGGGAUUCUAUGAAUUCUUGGAGCGCUGUGAACGAAUUGAUGGAUAUCUCGCAGGUGUUAUGAGCAACAAAUCUUUGUGGAAUGAAGGGCAUACAUCAAAGUCAGUGAAGGAGGAGGAGAAAGACAAAGAACAGAAGCGUGAAAUUGAUGGAGGUAAAGAAAAGGACCGGUACAAGGAGAAAUACUGGGGAAAGUNUAGGCUUGCCUUUAGUGGUUAUCUUCUGCAUUUUAUCAAUGAUGGUUUGUUGCAUUCUGUUAACAUCAGGUUUGAGCUAGACAUGUUAUUGGAGUCAGUGAGUUCAACUGCUAAGCGUGCAGAAGAGUUGUUGAAUGCCCUUAAUGAUAAUUCAGUUGGUGUGGAUGGCCCAAUCCGCAUCGAAGACCACUUCACAGCACUGAAUUUAAGGUGCAUUGAACGUCUCUAUGGUGACCAUGGCCUGGAUGUGAUGGACAUUUUGCGGAAAAACCCACCUCUUGCUCUGCCUGUUGUAUUUACCCGCUUGAAGCAGAAACAGGAGGAGUGGACGAAGUGUCGCUCAGACUUCAACAGAGUUUGGGCUGAAAUUUAUUCUAAGAACCAUUACAAGUCGCUUGACCACCGAAGUUUCUAUUUCAAGCAACAAGAUUCAAAGAACCUUAGCACAAAAUCCUUAGUAGCGGAGAUCAAAGAAAUUAAGGAGAAAAAGCAGAAAGAAGAUGACAUGAUUCUUGCUAUUGCCGCUGGUAGUAGACGUCCAAUAAGCCCUCAUCUUGAAUUUGAAUUUGCUGAUUCUGAUGUUCACGAAGACAUGUACAAACUUAUCAAGUAUUCUUGUGAAGAGGUUUGUUCCACAGAAGAGCAGUUAAAUAAAGUUCUGAGGCUGUGGACCACCUUUCUUGAGCCAAUCUUUGGUGUUCCUUAUCGUCAUCAUGGCUCUGAGGCUACUGGCGACGAUGUCUUGUCAAAGUAUCAUGGUUUGAAGAGCAAUGGAACAAGCAUUGGCGAAAGUGAUAGAAGUCCAAGUGCAGAUGUUACCACUACUAAGUCUAAGCAAUCAAAAGAUAUCUGCAACGGAGAUGCAAAUUCUUCCCCUCAACGGCUAAAUUCUUCCAGGGCAAUCUUCACUAAUACAGAUGCUUGCCCCAAGGAAGAUGGAUUAGCAGUAGCUGGUGAACGCUUACUUAGUUCUGAUGCAGUUGCUACCCUCGGAGCAGAUAAUGCUUGUGCAAGAUUGGAAAGUACUUCAGGCCGCGGCACACGACCUGGUAAUGACGCUGCUGAGGAUGGCCUAGGAGCGAAGUCUAAUACUGAUAAUGUGCCAAUUUCAGAGGGUGGCACUUCAAGAUCACUACCCUUGGCAAAUGGCGGAUUUGCUGAAGGUUCUAGAAUUGAUGGGUUUAAUGCUGAUUCUGUUGAUCCCUCUAAAAAUGAGAAAGAAGAAGGUGAGUUGUCGCCUAAUCAGGAUUUUGAACAGGACAAUUUUGUUGGCUUUCGAGAUGGUGCCGCAUGCAAANAGAAACUGAUGUUUGUUUAUCCAGGCCGCGGCACACGACCUGGUAAUGACGCUGCUGAGGAUGGCCUAGGAGCGAAGUCUAAUACUGAUAAUGUGCCAAUUUCAGAGGGUGGCACUUCAAGAUCACUACCCUUGGCAAAUGGCGGAUUUGCUGAAGGUUCUAGAAUUGAUGGGUUUAAUGCUGAUUCUGUUGAUCCCUCUAAAAAUGAGAAAGAAGAAGGUGAGUUGUCGCCUAAUCAGGAUUUUGAACAGGACAAUUUUGUUGGCUUUCGAGAUGGUGCCGCAUGCAAAGGAAAUAUGCAAUAUCAAUCUGGAGGUGCUGAAAUGGUUGGUUGUCAGGAUACUGCUGGUGAAAACGAUGCAGAUGCUGACGUUGAAGAUAGUGAAAAUGUUUCCGAGGCCGGAGAUGUUUCAGGUAGUGAGUCUGCUGCUGAUGAGUGCUCUCGGGAGGAGCAUGAGGAAGAAGACGAUGGAGAACAUGACGAGCUUGAUGGUAAAGUUGAGAGUGAAGGUGAGGCUGAGGGCACGAGUGAAGCAAACUUUGUUGCAGGUGAUGCCACUGUGCUUCAAAUGUCUGAACGUUUCUUGCUUACUUCAAAGCCUCUUGCUAAACAUGUGGUUUCACCUCAUUGUGGGGGUGCAAAGAACGACCUUCGAGUCUUUUAUGGAAAUGACGACUUUUAUGUGCUUUUUAGGCUUCAUCAGAAUUUGUAUGAAAGGUUAUUAUCGGCAAAGCUGAAUGCAGCAUCAUCUGAAUCAAAGUGGAGAACUGGAGAGGAUACUGGUUCUGAUCCAUAUGCCAGAUUCAUGAGUGCACUGUAUAGUUUGCUAGAUGGAUCUGCAGAUAAUGCAAAGUUUGAGGAUGAUUGCCGAUCAAUCAUUGGGAAUCAGUCUUAUGUGCUAUUUACUUUGGACAAACUGAUAUAUAAACUGGUCAAGCAGCUUCAAACUGUUUCAAGUGAUGAGCUAGACGGUAAGCUGCUUCAGUUAUAUGAAUAUGAAAGGUCACGGAAACCUGAGAAGUAUGUCGAUUCAGUUUAUUACGAAAAUGCUCAUGUCCUCCUCCAUGAGGAGAACAUUUACCGGUUUGAAAGUACAUCUUCCCCAACUCGUGUGUCUAUCCAGUUCAUGGAUGAUGGAAGUGAGAAGUCUGAAGUUGUUGCAGUUUAUGUAGACCCCAAUUUUGCUGGUUAUCUAUAUAAUGAUUAUCUAUCUGUUGAACAUGGGAAGAAAGAAUCGUCAGCAGUUAUGCUGAAGAGAAACAAGAGAAAACAUACUGACCAUGACGUAUCUUCUGCCCUGUGCAUGGUGAGGGAAAAUAUUAUACUCGUAAAUGGCUUGGAGUGUAAGAUGGCUUCAAAUUCAUCAAAGAUUUCUUACGUACUGGACACAGAGGACUUCUUUUACCGUCUUGGAAGGAAAAGAAAAAAGAUUUCGGCUGGCAGAUUAUUGUGGCAUGGCCAGGCGAGAGUAGCACGCUUCCACCGUGUUUUGACAUCCUCGUUAUGACGAUGCAUGGCCUUCUUGUUAAACAUGUGUCAAUCAAGAUUUUCUUGAUUUCUUCGGUACAACUACUUACUUGACCCAACUGGUUGAGCACUUGGUGGCGGAAUUCUCUCGAAUUGACUUCACCCUCAGAACAAUGAUCAAGGAGUGGAGUUAUUCGUCAAACUGUAUUAUACUUGUGAUGG